CCUGCACACAAACACAGAGACACAUAUGGAGAGCGCCACAGUGCAACACUGAGCAAAACAAGAGGAAACACGCGAACAGAACGCAGGAGAAGAAGAGGAGGAAUAUUUUUCACAUUAUUUUUGCAGGAAACCUCCCUUUUUACAAAAAAAAACAAAGUACCUGGGACACAGAGAAGACAUCUGAUUUACUCACAGGGAGGAUUUUUCAACAGAUUUCAAAGCAAAUCAACAAAUUAUUACCUUUUUUGCUGAUUGUGUAGAGUUUUUUUUAACAUUUAAACACAAGAAAAAGAUUCACAUAGAAGGAGAGGAGAACAGGGAAGAGGCAAACAGAAGGUGAGGGCGGGGGAGGGAGAGCACAGGAAAGAGAGAGAGAGAGAGUGAGGGAGCGAGCGAGCCUGUGCCUCUGAGAUGUUCAUGAUCAUUCGGGAGACGUCCGCUGCAGGAAGCAGUGCUGCAGCGAUGAGCGCGCCACAGGAAAGGAGCACCAAACAGGUGUGUAAAUAUAGCUGUCCAUAACUGUUGGUAUGUAUAUAAAGUCUCUCUGUGUGUGUUCAGUGUUCAUGUUUGUGUGUAAUUUCCCCAUUUUCUCUCUUUAUAAGCACAUUUUUUUAUGCUUUUCUCUGUGCUUAAAUACAACUGGUAUCCUCUUGAGUGCACUGAUUCAGACUUCACUGUGAAACUGGAUGUUUAAAGAUGAUCCUCGACCAGAAUUAUGUUUUUAAUAGAAAUAACAGAGGAAAAGUUGCUGGUGAGAAAACUGCAGUAUGUGUGUUUGCAGUAUUUCUUUCAUGGUAGAAAAUAAUUACAACUAACAAUUCUUUUUUUUUUUUGUAUUUAAUGUCAGAUUAGAGGUGAAAAAGAAUCUAUUUUCUACCUGAAGUGUACGGCAUGCCACCAAAACGGUGUAAAAGCAUCCAUUACACCCUGGGCUCUGUCUGACAGGUUAUAUGUGUGUGUCUGCUGGGUGAAAAAGUAUGUUAUGUUUGCAUGAAGUUGAUCAGUGCGACAAAGGCAGUCAUGUUCGGUGCGGUUAUUGUGCAUGCUAAGGAUAGCGGAGAUAAAAAUGAUAUUCUUCUCAUUUGGCAGCCUGAAUCCUUUAACUUAGUGGAAAUACUAGAAUCUACUACAAUAUGUUUAAACCAUGACUAAAGUUUCGUGUCCAUAUCUCCAGGUGCAGGCCGCCAUUAAGAAGAAGGUGGAGAAGCAGAAGAAGCGAGCCGGUGACCAAGGAGGGGGUGCUGCAGACGUUCAGAUCACCCAACCUCUGCCUCCUCACCUUCAGAGACCAGAGGAGGCGGAGGCGUCUGAGGUGGAGGGAAUGGAGGAGAGCGAGGAGCUGGAGAGGACGCUGGGGGAAAUGAUGGAGGGACCACCGAGGAGAGAGAAGGAGAAAGAGGAGGGGGAGCCUGUCGACCUGCUGCCCAUAGUGGACUCAGUGUUUGGACAGGUAAGUGCUGUCCCGUACCGUCCUCACUGUGUGUGUGUGUUUGUGUGCGAUCUAUGAGUUCAUUUGUGUGUGUCUGCAUCAAGUUUUCCAUCUGAUUGAAUGUCCCGCCAAUGUCCUGAUUGAAACUCUAAGCCUCUGAGUCAAAUUUGAAGCCUGGCUGUUCACCAGAUUUUGUAAGUAGCUGUCCUUCAUUUGACCCCUGACCUCUUUGACCCCACAAAGGGCCACAGAUCACGCAGCUGCAACACGACCCUUCCCAAUUUUGCCUUUUUGUCAAGGACAAGUCUGAGCUGUGACGAGUAAAGGCUGGAGCCAAGGAUCCAGAUAGCGUGUGUGUUUGAGAGGAUUUAAACUCCUUUCCUUUGGGAGACAUUAUGAGAGUGUAAUCCGUAACGGAUACGGCCAUCGUCAGCCACAGAUCUGACUCUAUCUCAGUAUCUUAUCACUCACAUGGUAAGCAGUGACACACGACACGACACAGUAGGCCACAAACAUUACAGCAUCUGUCACCCGAAGGUCAGACAUGUGGGGUCAUGAUGUGAGAAAAUGCCAGUUCUGCAUGCGUGUUUAUGCAAAUGAAAAUCAAACUAAAAAGGAUUACUCUGAACUUGAAGCCUCUCUCACCUCCUGCAAUGAACUUCCUUGUGAGAUCCUUUUUUUUCUCACAUGAUAAAAAACACCUGAGUUUCAAAAAGAGAGAAAAUGUGAUGUCAGUGAUGAUGCCAGUGAGCUAAAACGAGACAAGGAUGGCUGAGCGCGUGGGAGAAGAGAGGAGUUAUAUUUUCACAUUUCACUGCAGGGUGUCCUAGAGUCCUGAACCUCGUUUUUUAAUGACUGGUGAAUCAGCCAGAGAGAGCACCUUUAAGACCCUUAGUCCCCCUGUUUAUGAGACCUGAAGAGGCUUACAAAAAACAAUCUUCUUAAGGAGAUAUUUCAUUAAAAAAAAGGACAAGACAUACUGUAGGUUAGCAAUGAAAAGCAAGGUAACAGAACUCAAACUAAUAAAUAAAUAAGUACGGUCAAAUCCCACCCUUAUAAUACACACUUCAGUUAAUGAAUACAGAUAUGUACUGUAUAUUAUUUCUUAUAUUUAACAUGAUCUCUAUAACGCUCAAUUAUAAAACCACUUAAACUCAAGGAUGUACAUUUUGUUAAAUGAGAACUGUCCAGCCACUAUUGCAAAACGCUCCGUGCUUAAAUUCUGUUUUUAAUUUUGCACUAUUUCUAGACCUCUAAUGCCUGAAAACACAAAUUAUGGCCACAAAAUGCAAUUUUUUUUGGCUGAAAUGUUUAUUUCUCUUACUACUAACAACCCCCCAAAAUCAAAAUGUCCUUAAAAUCUAACAAAUAUAUAUUUAUCUUGUUUGAUACAUGAGAUGUUUUUGGAAACUGAAAAACCACAACAGGACAUUUUUAUCAUUAUUGGACUGUAUUAAGGAGUUUUUAUAGUAAUGUGUUGAUUUAAUAGAAGUAUCAUAAAAGUAUGUAUCAAAUAUGGUACAAAGGGCAUUAAAGGGUUAAAGAGGGUUAACCGUCUUGGAGUUAUUUUGCUCUUAAAGACAGUGACACAUGCUCAACUCAACACGCUGAUAUCUUCUUUUCCUUCCCCUUCCUUUAAAGUGUAAACUAUAAAUCAUGGUUAUUGAUCAAAUUUUCCGGAGUUUUACUGUAUAGGAAUUAGUUUGAAUGAACUUUGACCCACUGAAUUUACUGAUUCUCACAUAUUUAUGGAUCAGCGGUGACUGCAGGAGUGUCACCAGAGCCCAGCGCCUCACUCCAAAUGUUAUCAAUCAUUUGGAUAUUUUUGGUGACCUCCCUCACCAUAGUGCCUCUGGCUGUUAAUGUUACAUACAUGCACUUACUGUACGUGCAUCCUCCUCCUCCCUGCUCUGUCUCGUCUGUCUCAUCUCUUAUUUCUUUGAUUGACAGCCCUCGUUAGUGGACACUGAUGAUUGUCAAUGGCAGACACCCGCUGUGCACAUCUGACACCAGAUCAGUUCAUGAUACGUCUGUUUGUUACAGGGUGGACACUGAGUCCAGAACAAAGACUAGAGUCACUUUACAUGGACACUACCCUGCUCGCUGUCUUACCAACUCACAUAAACAAACACACACACACACACACACGACUAAGGCAUCUCAUUUUCCUGAUUAAUUGAAACAAUCUGUAAUGGAAAAUCAGUCUGGUAAUUAAUCCAGAGUAAUGGUAUUGGUUUUGUCUUGAUGAAUGUAGCUGCUGGUGUCACUUUCAUUAUUCAAGAGUCGACAAAGACUUAAAUUUAUUGGUAAAGUUGGAUCAUGACCUUUCUACGAGCCGCUGGCUGGGUUCUUGUCGAUAGAAAUGUGUUGUGAUCGUAAUCAUAGGUGUGACCCUCUGUAGUUAAGGAGCAGCAUCAUGAAUAUCUCCUGAGUUUCAGGGUCAAGUGUAUGCUAAAGACACGUGUAAGUGCAUGUUUAGCACUGAUCAAAUACAGGUUAUGAUCAGCACACACAGAUGCAGCAAUCAAAACUUUCAUCUCAGGCUUUUAUGCUACACAAGUCCCUACAAGUACGACCCAACAUCCAACAGUAUAGAUAUUAAAACUCUCCAUUCAGACCACGAGUUCCUUCAUUAUUCAGUAGUACCUCCAUUACAUAAGACUGUAGGUCUGUUUCAGGCAACAUAAGUAGCAAAACAAAGCAGCUUGCAUGUAAACACUGGUUCUUACACAGACACACGUUUAAUUUUAUGGGUGUAGGUCAUUAUUUGUUGUAGAUUUUCUCCUGAGUUUUAAAAAAAAUUGGAUUUUUGUGGAGUUGUUACUCUAUUUUAAAGCAGCUUAUAUCUGCAGCGGUAUUCAUUGUGGGAUUAGGAAGGGGUUUGUUAAAUUAAUUUAAAAGAAAGUAAAAGCCAAAGUUUGUAAUAGACUUGCCUGUUUGUUGCCUGUUUUUACGAACAGAAAACAGAAAAGCAGGAAAGGUCAUUUUGAUUUUUUGUAGAAAUGACUAAUUGGUCCAGUCUGUGAUCUUGUUCCAGUCUCCAUUCCUGCCUGAAUGCCUUUUAGAUCCCCCUUGUUAGAGUUUUCCAGCCCAAACAGUCUGUUUCUAUCUACUUAAGAUCUUUUUCAGGGUUAAGAUGUCGUUCAUUUUAAUCUUUUUCAGAGGGCUGCUAAAAAUAGUUAUUAGAUCUGUUCAAAGCGACCUCUAGUGGUAAUAGCUGGUAACUGCAAGAUGCUGCUGAUGGAAACAGACGGAGAUGUCACACUUGUGAUUAAGUGUAGACGUCUCCCACGUGAGAGAACAGAAAUGUAGGUAGCCCAUCAUAAAACAACAGAGAUAUUAUUCUCUCAUAAAGCCAUGUACAUUGUUUUAUAGUGCCUGGACUAACUAAACGAAAAAUUCGAGAUUAUUCUUUUAGUUGUUGGUAUAAAAUUAACAAUGUGUGUUUAUGUGAGUGUUUUCCAUUGCUGUGAGAUCAUUUAAGAGUAGAUUUGCUUCCCCAGUGUUAUUACGAGAAAUUAUUAUCAUUUGGACAUUUUUGAUAGAUUGACAGAAAUUUUUGAGCUUUGAGUUUUCUGAAGUACAACAUGGUAUCUUCCAAAUUUAGGUUUAUCAUCAGUCUCAGACUGCAAAUGAAAAUCUACAGAAAAUGUUACAUGAAGAGACAGAAAGUCAGCGUUUUAAAUGACUGAUGCACAUAUUUUCAUCAUAAACAGGGAUCUGGUUAAAUUUCUCUCUCUCUCUCUCUCUCUCUCUCUCUCUCUCUCUCUCUCUCUCUCUCUCUCUCUCUCUCUCUCUCACACACACACACACACACACACACACACACACACACACACACACACACACACACACACACACAAGCUGUGCCUUCCAUAUGGGUGCUCUGCAGCAAUAGCGUUUUCAAAUCUGCUUUUGGCUUUCGUAGAGAUUUAUGACAGAUGCUUUGUGUGAGCUUAGCCGACCACUUACAACUGCACUCAUAACAUCAAUAUGUUGACUUUAUGUUUUUCAGCCGUUUAGGCGGUUGGGCCAAACUCAUUCAAGAUAGGAAAUCAAAGGUCGAGCUCAGAGAGAGCAUAGCUCAGUCAAACCCUGUCUUUGAAUCGUUUUUCCUGCAGAAACUGAAGCUGGUUUCAUAAGCUGUCAUUUGCUCAAGCUCAUUUGUUUUUCAUUAGUUUCUAAGUUGAGUUAGAACUUUGAAGAGUUGCUAAUUCUUCUCUGAAAAGAUUUAACACACACAGCAAUCAACGAUUAAACUUUUCAGGAAUUAGGGAACAGAGAAUUGUAUCCUCAGUAGCUGCAUGUUUAAUGGAUGGGUUGUUAGUCUAAGUAAAAUGUUUCUUAUUUACUGUAGCAUGUGAACUCUGAUGUGACCACCAUAAGUAAGAAGUUAUUAAAACAAAACAUAUAAAGUUUCACAUUUUAAUACAUUGUCUCAUGUCUAUUUUAAGGUUUACCCUAUCCUCAGGUAAAUAAAGCUCCUAUAGAGAAUUUGAAUCAGUUAUUAAAGCUCCUGUAAGGAACUUUCUGUUUGUGUUGAUUUUGGCGCCCCUGUGAUCAAAGCAGUCCUUCCUUAUCAUGACCUUGGUCAGGUUGUCACAGAGAAAAAAAAAAGGGAAGACACACAACAUGUACAAGAUUAAAAACAAAUCUUUAUUAAAUCAAAUUAAACAAAAAUAGAACAUUGAAGAAAUGAGAUGCAUAAAUCAGUAAAAUCAGUAGUGUGUAAGGUGUGCAUGAGUGGAAAGUAGGUGCAUGCGUGUGAGGGUGUUGUACAGCACAAACAAACUACAGCUAAGCCCACCCAAACCAAACCAAGACAAAAACAAACUAAACAAAGCAAAGUAAAGUAAAGUAAAGCAAAACGAAACAAAGCAAUGUAAAGUAAAGCCAAACCUAGCCAAGACAAAUCAAAUCAAAUCAAACCAAACCAAAGUCAAAGUAAACUAAACUAAACUAAACUAAACUAAACUAAACUAAACCAAACACCUGUAAGGAGGCCAGGAGAAAAUCAAGGAGUGUGAGUAACUGUGGGAGCUUAAAUACCCCCAGCACCCAGGGCCCAGGUGUGCAUGAUUACUCUGAUUGGUGUGACGAGAGAAACCAACAGGACACACCUCCAACAGCAGCAUGACCCUACAGGGGGAUCACACCCUCUAUAUGCAUCAGUUGUGUUUUCUGAUGAAAUUAAUUCUGACUUCUUGGUAGUAAUGUGUUUUAAUGACUAACAAAAACAAAUGAGACCGUUAGUGGUAAGAUUGAUCUUUCCUGUUACAUCACUUUUUGACGAGAGGUCAUAUGAAUGACUGUAAAGGAAAGGGGGGGAAAACUGGAGGAAAUGUUUCACCGGAAAUUACUACAAAACAAGAUCAGCAAAGAUGUAUAAAGUAAAAUAUUGUCCACAUGAGACAACAGAGUUAACACGAACCAAAUACCCCCUACAGGAUCUUUAUUUCCAGCAGAUAAGACAGAAUAAAUAGUGGUAAUAACAUUAAAGAGACCCAUUUAUGAGUUGUAAAUUAAAGUCCUGAGCUGAAUUUCUUUUUUUUUCCGGUAAAAACAGAACUUUUAGUCCACAGCCCUCCAGUUCAGUCCCUCUGUUUCAUGUUCCCAUCUUAUUACCAAAUCACUUUAUCUUUUCUUUUAACAAAUCUUCUCAUCCCCCAAUCUUCCCCCUUUAAUCUGAAAUAGCGGGGAUUAACCCGUCUGUUCACAUCUUCUUAAUUCCCACUCUAAAACUCUUCGCACUGUAGAGGAAGUCAUUUGAAUGCUCGCGCAGCAUGUGGAUAAAGAGAGGGAGGGUAGGGGGGACUGAAAGGGAAAGAGGAGGCGAGAGGAUUACAAAUCAAAUGAGCGAGCUGCAUCAGGGAGUUCAUGAGUUUUUGUGUGGCUGUGUAGACCAUGGAUAGUAUAGAUGGGUGGAGUCAGGGUUGCUCAUGCAAGGAUUAGAGCAGUUUUUUUUUUUUUUUUUAGCUGUGUGGAAUCAGAUGUGAUGACUGAUUACCAGCAUGGGACACUCAGAGAAGUCAGAGUUUGAGUUUGAGCUGGACUUCUGAGAUUUCCCGAGGGAGGAGAGAAGAGGGUGAGGAGAUUAAAACAGAUCAGAAACACAGAAAAAGAGAGGGAGGGACAAUAAUUCGGAAAGCUGGCGGAGACCGACGGGGUAAGAUUUCUGGUUAAGAAGGGCAGGAGGCUGAUGGGCAACUGCACCAAACCAUCUAAGAAAAACAAAAUGAAGAAGGUAAGAGCGCUUUGUCUUAUCUGGUUGUGAAGGAAACCAGAAGCUUUUAUCCGUAUUAAUCUUAUUUUUUUAACAAACAGAGAUAGUUUUUGAAUCUUUCAGGCAACUUUAUGUCCUAACCUUCUCUGUUAAGAAAGGUUAAAAUAAUUUCUCCUUCUCCAAAUGCAAGAAAACAAAGAUAUUUUUGUGAUUGAUAAAUUUAUUGAGCUUGUUGUUGUAAAAAAAAAAACAGCCACUUUCAUUUGAGUGUACUGUUUCCCUUUUCAUCAAUAGUAGAGAGAGUUAAAGGAUGAAAAUCUGGGAAAGUUUUGGACAAUAUUUGUUAUAAAUGAGUCAAUUGCAAAGAAAUAAUGAGCAGCUUAUGUAAUCAAAGUUUGCAGCGUCGUUUGUCUCAUCUACAGUCAAGCUCAGGCUCAGCUGUGUUCCUUCAAAGACAACAUAAUGAAAAGACUGUUUUUGAGUAAUGGUCUGGUCUGCCUCUGAAGGGGGGCAUGGAUGGGCCCCUGCAGGGUAAGGCGAGGCCAACAGGCCAGCAGGGUCUUCAUUUGGAGGGAGAGGAAGAUCAGGCCGUGGAGGAGAAGCCGUACAAGGAAGCGUUUGGUGCACUGGUGAAGAAUUGCAAGAUGCUGCACAUUGUUGGCCCAGCCUGCGUUUUCCUUAAAGAAGGCUUUUCACUGACGCUCGUAUGUAAUUGAGCUCAUGAGCACAUGAGAUAUGUGGACCCUGUAUCAUCCAUUAGCAUCCCCUCAUCAUGGCUGAUUCAUCUGCUCCAUGCAUAACCAGCUGUGUCAUCCAAUCACUGGUCUGUAAGAGAUGAUCAAAAAGUGCUGGCACAGCACAUGCUUAGAGGGAUCGAUCAUUCAGCUCCAUGGAAAUUAUUGACUGGUGUAUGGGGAGCUUCCUCACAGCUGUGCGUCACAGGGUUGUCUGAGGUUGGGGCAGAACAGAACAAAUAUGCGCCCCUGAAAGCUCCGGUUGUUGUUGUAGCUCAUAUCUAAAAUCUAAGUGACCCUCACUCAGUCAUUUCUGAAACAGAUUUGAGGUGACUGAAACUUGCACAAACCAGCUGAUAGAGCGCAAACUUCAGCAGACUACUAUUAUUGUAAUGUCACAUGAGUUCUGGACUUUACAUCUAGACGCUGUACAAGCAAACAAAUUAAUAGAAAAAGGCAACAAAAUCCUGAAAGUAUUGUUAAUUCAUGCUCCAUUUGCAACAGCAGUCGGACAGUGUGAGUGUAGCAGAGUGUGAACGCGGCUCUAAGACUCUGUUAAGUUCAAGUGCAUAGAUAUACUAUAUCUAUCAUCACAAAAGGGAGAGUCACUAGCUCAUUUUCUGCUUGUUUUCUUGCGUCUUCUUACUUCUGUUUGCGACUCCUGUUAGAUAAGACCCACCAUCACAACAGCGGCUGUUAAUCAAUUCGACACUAAACCAUGUGACAUUAACACAAGCGCCAGUGGACAUCUCCAUCAAUUAAUGCUCAUUAUUCUCAAUUUAGAACAUGUCAUCUCAGAUUGUACUUUGAUUUGAAUUCAUGCUUUUAUUUUGUAGUCUUGAAUAAAUGAGGCGGAAGAAUAGUAAAUAAAGGGAUGAUCUGGAGGAUUAGUCCUGCGUUGUUCUCUCUCUAAAGCUCUUACUCUAACAUCCUCAACACUGGACCUCCUCUCCGUUGACUUCAUUCUUCUGUAUGCGUGCGAGCUUGAGCACCACAUUAUGCGUGCAAGACAGAACACGGAUAUUGAGUAUACGUGUAUUUGAAGGGUCUCUUUGCCAACUAAAGCCCCCCAGAUCUCAUAAUCUCCAGAUGUUUGUUGCCCAGCAACCUUCGACAAAUAAUCUGUUGACUCCUAUAUGAAAUGCAACACAACUUAAUACAUAUUAUACAUAUAAUCACUGUUUUCAUUAGGAGAUGAACUGGCUUUGUCUUAAAUACACUCAGCUUAUGGAAGAAUUUGAAAACCAUGUUACUGUAUACAUCCUUAUAAUACUUUAAUGGGCUGAGUUUUGAAAGACAAGAACGGGACAGUCUAAGCUGACAACAUUUCAUGUCUUUUUCUCAUGAUCCAUAUAAACUAAACUCCCAUCCAUCGUUUCUGGAUUUCCCUCUGGGCCCUUGAUGUUUGUGGUGAUCACUUUGUCUCUGUUUAGUGUUCAUCUGAGUGUUUAAUCUAUGAAAUUAUGUAGGUAACAAACAUACUCAUGUCCGCUUGUAGUGUGUGUGUGUGUGUGUGUAUGUGUGACAAGUUUAAUACAGUAAGGAGUUUACAGCUAAUAUGUUUCUCUGCAUCCUCUUACAGGACAGAGAGCUGAGACCAGAAGAGAUUGAUGGUAAGAUGAUUUCUCUUCAUCAAAUUUUGCUCAUUAAAGGGAUAAUCCGGCGUGAAAUUAAUUUAGGGUCAAACACACCAAAACACAGAGUUAGACACCCCUUUGAGAGCUCAAUAUUGUCGACCGCUUGCUUCUCUAGUUAUACCGACUUCAGUAAUGACCGCACGAUAGCAAUACACAGCAGUCUGAGGAGCCAUAAACAAACAUCAACCAAAUUGCCACUCUAUAAACAUAAAUAAUGCUCAGAACAGCACCUAACUUCAUCAACAGUACUAAGAGACUAAACACAACUCACCUACUCUCUUCCAGCAGCCGCUUGUUUGUAGUUAGACCUCAACCAGUCCAUUAACGACUGCAGCGGGGUCACGCAGCUCAAGGAAGAACAUUUAUGAUCAUUUCUUCAUGGAAAUGCAAUCAGACCGAGACGCUAAGGCAGAAGAACUACCACGUUUGCAGUGCAAAAUGAUUAAUAUGGUGAUUAUUACUUCAAGGAAAUGAUAAAGAAAUGAUCAUAAAUGUUCUUCCUUGAGCUGCAUCACCCCGCUGUAGUCCGUAUUUGACUGGCCCGAGGUCGCGCUACGAACAAGCGGCUGCUGGAAGAGAGCAGGUGAGUUGUGUUUAGUCUCUUUGCUAAAGAAAUUAGACAAAGUUAAAAAGAUGUUUUGUGGCUAGUGCUGUAGCUAGGACCCUAUAUGUACUGUUGAUGAAGUUAGGUGCUGUUCUGAGCAUUACUUGUGGCUAUAGAGUGGCGUUUUGGUUGAGGUUUGUUUAUGGCUCCUUGUUUAUUGCUAUCCUGUGGUCGUUACUAAAGUUGGUAUAACUAGAGAAGCAAGCGGUCGACAACAUUCAGCUCUCAAGGGGGUGUCUAACUCGGUGUUACCGUGUGUUUGACCCUAAAUUAAUUUUACGCCAGAAUAUCCCUUUAAGAUGUUAGAUGGUAAUGAAACACUGACAAAGGUUUUCUUGUUUGUUUCACUCAGAGCUCCGUGAGGCGUUUGUGGAGUUUGACAGGAACAAAAAAGGCUACAUCAGUCAUAAAGACCUCGGGGAAUGUAUGAGGACCAUGGGUUACAUGCCGACUGAGAUGGAGCUCAUUGAGCUGAGCCAGCAGAUCUGUGAGUGUAGAAACAUCUGAGAGAGCAGAGCAGGACAGCUUACAACACACAACAUCAAACUUCCUGGACACGAUCGUGAGCAAUUCAAUAAUAUUCUUGUUGCAGGUGGAGGUAAAGUGGACUUUGAGGACUUUGUGGAGCUGAUGGGCCCCAAGAUGUUGGCGGAGACAGCUGACAUGAUCGGAGUCAAAGAAUUACGAGACGCAUUCAAGGAGGUCAGGAUGUACUUACUGUUACUGGAAGUCAGAUGUUGUUCACUAGUUUUCAUUACAGAUAUUGACACUGUUGAUUCAUACAUUGCAAUAGUUACUGAGAGGAGACCAUUGACUCUGAUACGUGUCUUUUGUGUGAUAGGCACAGAUAUCAACUUCUUAUGAGAAAGAAAAACAUUUGCAAGAAGUUGCAAUAAGGAAACACAAGCUGAAAAAGAUCCAGAUUUGUUUUUUUUUGUUUUUUAGAUUUUCAUGUGACCAGUUUUAGGUCUCCCCAAUCACAGUAGAUUAUAAACACAAGGCAAGUUGAAGUCCCAAUGAUGGAUUAUGUAAAUAGCAAAGAUGCCUGCUGACUACUGAUGAGAGUUUAAUUUGCUUUUGGAUAAAUAUUAAACAAGCAGGGGUAUCAUCAUAAGUAUCAUCCGUCUUCUCUGUGUCCAGUUUGACUCAAACGGUGAUGGCCAGAUUAGUUUAACCGAGCUGCCGUGUCAAAAGCCCCAAAAGAAGAAAGAAAGUGAACAUGAACUGAGAGGCUGCAAAGUAAUAUAGACCUACUGAUAAGACCAAACUUUGUUUCUACAGCACCUGGUAAUUUGAAAACUUCUUUUGUGCCAUCCAGUGAGAUAGAUGGCACAUGCAUUUUGAAUAUUUUUCAUUAAGUUUUGUCAUUUUCUUUAUCAAGUAUAAUUAAAGCAACCACUAAGCUUGGAUAGGAUAAGUAUCAUCCGUCUUCUCUGUGUCCAGUUUGUGCGGAUGAUGUCUCGCUGACCCGCAGCUGUCUGGAUGCUGAAGAAGCUGAUGGGAGAACAAGUGACCAACAGAGAGAUCAACGAGAUCCUCAGAGAUGUUGACCUCAACGGAGACGGUCUGGUGGACUUUGAGGGUGAGACAAAUUCUCUUUGUCUUUGUUUGAUCUCUGAGAAGACAAUGUGAAUCUUCUUCUAAUGCUUUUCUCGUCUUUUCAGAGUUUGUGCGGAUGAUGUCUCGCUGACCCGCAGCUGUCUGGAUGCUCAAAUCUGAGAGAUACAAAUAGACAUUGUGCGACUACUGCUGGAUUAGGGACCACACUACACUGUAGUGUACAGUCUUUAUCUGCUCUUUAGAGCAUGUAUCUUAAAUUAUAUUUUUUAUAUAAAACAAAGAAAAACACAAAAAAAGGAUUGAUGAGUAGCACUAAACCUCUGACUGACAUAAAUAUAUACAAACUUGGAGUGCAACAUAUACAUAUAUAAUAUUCAAACAGCUGUAAUACAUAUCAAAAGCUCCAUAGACAACAUUUAUGACUGUGUUUUAGAUGUAUUUUUAUAUUUAAGUGGUUGUACUUUGAGUGUAAAAUCUUGUUUCUAAAUUGUUAAUUUAUUUUAAUAAUUAAAGACAUGUGCAAAAGUU